CAACUAUUUGAUCUCUAUAAAACCAUCGCCGGGGGUCUAACCAGAGCAUCAUUCGUCUGUGAUCAAUCGUUGAGCCUGUAUCGUCUGUCCUCUUAUUUAAUCGUAGGAGAUCUGAAAUGAAGACAUCACUCCAAAAAGUUUUCUUGCUGGUCUUGGCAUCGGCGAUUCUGGCCGUCAUGGCUGAGCCCGACGGCAAAGAUCGACGAUGGAUCCCGGAGCAGGGAACGCAGCUGCCAGGAUACAACAACCGUGUGAUUCAGCAACAGGUGCACGAUACCCAGAACGAAUAUGUCCAGAUGGGUCGUCUCCAGCCUCCUCCACCUCAGGACACCAACCUGUUGUACUACUACGGAGAUCAAGCUGAAGUUCCCCACCAAAAGGCUCGUGCCUACCCGCAGCAAAAACAGGUUCGGUACUACUUCAACAACAAUCAGGACCAGAGCGAGUGGCAACCUAAACCAUACCAAAUUCAGCAACUUCCGGCCCACAACGUCUACAACAAUUAUCAGCAACACCAUCAGCAGCAACCCCAGCAGCAAUACCAAUACGUCCAUCAACAGGCUCCAGUUCAGCUGAUGGAAGUCCGUUACGUGCCAGUGCCUUCCAACGAAAUCUACCCUGAGGUUCAACAGAAGAAAAUCCUGAUCCAAUCGCACCAGGAAACGCCCCGUUAUCAGUCGGAAAAUCAUCAGCAAGGUUAUCCGGUUAAGAUCUACAGCCAGGUGACACAUCCGGUUUCACCGGUUAGAAACCAGCAGCAACAUUACCCAUCAUACAAACAGAACGUGCGCUACAUGAAACCCGUCCACCAUGCGUAAAUAAAUUUUGCGUUUCCGAUGCUGCACCUGUGAUCUCGAUUUCAUCGAUGUGUGAUUGAUAAUUGUUAUGGAUCUUUAUUGUUUCCCUUUUUUGUUGCUACAACCG